AUGGCCGGGGCUUGUGAAGGCUGGCAGCAGAGGGGUUCUGCAGGAAAGGCUGGGACACAUCCUCCAUUCAUUAGUGGGUCCAGCCAUGUGGCCACCACGAAAACCACAACCAUCCGUCUUAGGGACCUUUACGAUCCCAAACCGCAACCUCCCAAACCCCCGGUCCGGAUCCGCCCUCCGAGCGUGAGAACUCUGUCAGUGAAGGAGCCUGAGCUGAAGCCGAGCGUGUCCAGUGAUCCCCCCACUAAACCUAUCAUGAGGAGACGAGCUAAGUCUCUUACUUACUCUGCAGAGAUGAGGAAAGAAUGUAAAAGCCCGCAGGUACGCUUUGUGGACGCACUCGGCCUUGAGUUAGAGGAAGUUAAGUUCUUCAGAUGUGGGGAGAACCCACUAAUACCCCAACAUGUUAUCUCCAGACUACUGAUGAGCUCUGAGCUGGCCUUCGGGAGGUCACUGGAGCUGUCCUUGCCCUACCUCAAGCCUUGUUUCCCUGACAAUAUGGCUGCUCAGCCCGGCUUCCUAAAGCGUCUCUGCUCUCAGAAGGUGAGCCUGCAGCAGGUCGUAUGUUCAGAGCUGGGGAUAACUGGCACCAUACAAGUACUUAAUUUAGCUUUUGAGAAAGAGGUCACAGUGCACUACUCUUUCACCAACUGGAGGAGCUACACGGACACAGUGGCAUCCUGGGUAUCAAGUGGGUACCAUGAUGAGUCCGAUGCACCAGAGACAGAUGUCUUCCGUUUUCGUCUCCCCGUCCCACCGUUCAUUUUGCAGCCUGGAGCUGUUUUGGAGUUUGCCAUUUGCUAUCACGUACAAGGAUGUAACUACUGGGACAACAAUGACGGGAACAAUUAUAAACUCUCCUGCCAUAGCUACAAAUUAACUGUGCCAAAAGAGUGUGAGGAUAGCCUGCUGCAUUUUACUUGA